CAGUCAGGCGGGCCAACGCGCCGUCAGUGUAGUGUGGGCAGCCGCAGCGGUAGAACGGAGCGCCUCUAGAAGCGACAUGACGCGUGUGCCAGCCGUGACCAAGUGUCCCCCUCGCCCCCUGCCAACCUCCCGUCUGCGCAACCCCGCCCCGCCCCGCCCCGCCCCUGCCCCAGACAUGUGACUUUGGCGGCGCAAUCACCUGGUGCGCCCCUCUGCCUCACGUGUGCAAAGCUUUCCAUAGCGCGCGUGGUCUGCCUCAGGGCAUCCCAGGGGAUCCCCCGGGCCCGGCCGGCUGCCCAGCUCCCCUCCAGGCCGUGCUGGGAGCCACAGGUCACUUGUGCACCUCCUGUUGACGCCCAAGUUACCCGCAACCCUCAGUCUUGAUAAACAAGCCACGAAUCACGGCAGCGAGUUGUGCUGAGCCAGGUUCCCUCAGCCUCAGACAGUGCCGGAGCCAGGCCGCCUCAGGACGUGCUGCCAGUCAGGUCAGCAGCAGGCCGCGUGUCAAGCAGGUCAUCGGCAGGCCGUGUUGGGCGCCACGGGUCACUGCUCGCAGGCAGCGCCCGGCGUGACCUCGCCUCGCCCCUGCAGCAGCCUUGACCCUCGACACCCUCAACAGGGCAGUGGCCUGAUCCGUCUCGCCUCUCAGUCCGGGCACCACGGCCAGCAGCAGCAGCAGCAACAACAGCAGCAACAACAACAACAGCAGCAGCAGCAGGAGGUUACGAGGGUGAAGCAGCAGCGGCAGCGUCUGUGGCGGCGGCAACGGUGGUGGUGGUGGUGGUAGUGGUGAUCUUGGGUUACAGGCAGCACACCUCCACCCGCCCCACAGCUCUGUCCCAGCACGUGGGUCUCCCCAACCCUCGCCCCACCCGGACCCUGACGGUGCCAGUGCAGAUAGUAAAGUGCCAAUUUGUAGCGUGUGGAAUCAGGGGCGGAGCGAGAGGCGUGGCCGCGGCGGCACAGGCUCGAAGGAGGCCCCGCAAACCUGCCCUAGGGGACGGCCACUCCACGCCGUCACCUGUGAACCUCGGCAAAACAUAAACACUCCGUGUGUGUGUGUGUGUGUGUGUGUGUGUGUGUGUGUGUGGUGCGAGGCUGCCGCGUCCGUCAACACUGCCGCCCAGCAAACCAGUCACAGCCAAGGUCUCCUCAUGUCUGCCUAACAUUUGUGUAGCGGCUCGUGUGACAAGAACUUACAGUUAUCCGAAGAUCUGCAGACCAGCGCCGCUCUCUCACACCCCCGCCGCGCUCCCCCAGCCUGCUCAGCGCGGGCCAGACCAUACACGCUAAUCUGCCUUUAUGGCCGCCACCAAGGAGAGAGAUAAGAGGUGGCAGAAAAAACACCACUGACUCGUCUGAGAGAAGCGUGCGUGCGUGCGAGGCGAGACCGAGUCAUCAAGGACUUUCAGAACCUUAUUAAUCAGUGAUCUUGACCCGCCAAACCAUGAGGUGGAGUAGGCGUGGCGAAGAAGGCGGCGGCGGCGGAGGAGGAGGAGGAGGAGGAAGAGGAGGUGUAGGAGGAGGUGGGAAGUGUUGGUGGUGGCGACACGUAGCCCUGGUGGUGGUGGUGUUGUUGGUGAUGUCUUUAGUGAUGGUGGUGGAGACGACGCCACCAGCCAGGGUGAGAGGGAGGGGCACCCGCGGGGGAGGAGACGGGGAGGAGGGCCCCGGGGGAAGCAGAAGCAACCUUCGCCUCAGAACAAAACCUGAGUGGAAGAAACGACACAGGAAAUCCUCAGAGUGUCGCCUGGGGAAGAACAAAUACGCUCUAGGGGAACAAUGGAGUCCUAACCUGGGGCCGCCCUUCGGUGUGUGGAACUGCGUGCGUUGCGUGUGUGCCAAGGUGCAAAAAAAGCGGCGCGUGGUGAGCAAGGUGAGGUGUCGCAACAUCAAGACGGAGUGCCCCAAGGUGACCUGUAUGAACCCCGUGAUUGUGCCGGGCAUGUGUUGUAAGACGUGCGUCAACCAGAGCUCACCGCCGCCACCUACGCUAAUCCCACAGGACGAAUCGCUGGAACUGGAGGGAAGAGACUUCGCGGUGCUGCUGAACGGACGCACCUCGAUGACCCCGAUGACCACCACCAGGGUAGCCACGGGGCGCCUCUUCCUGCGGCGCCGCACCCUACACUUCUCCUUCCUGCUGGAGCACGGCGCCCCGUCACCCUCCUCCAUCCAGUUCCUCAAUGAAUCUGGCGAAAUUUUGGAGCAGCUUGAGCCGCAGCCAACGCCUUACGAGGAGACCAACAGCAGAGUGUGCGGCACCUGGACCCGCCUUCCCCGGGAAUACAGGACACUGCUGCUGGAGGAGAAGAUGUGGGUGGCUCUGCAGCCUCCCGAGGACAGCGAGGAGGACGAGAUCAGCGGCCAAGUGGCGCGCUACAUGGGGGUGGAGACCGAGGUGUUCUCCGCACUGCUCACCCCCGCGGCGGACAUCCCCUCCACCCCCCACCACACCCUCAGCGGCGGCGGCACGGCCAUCAUCUCCGUGGACCGCAAGACAGACUCCCUCCACGUCAGCCUGGUGUUCAACGGCGUGUUUGGUGCCGGGGAAACGCAGAACGUGACCCUCAGGGUGGAGCUGCUGCCGGAGCGCGCCCUGGAGCCCGUCACGGACAUCAUCGUCCUGCCCAAGGUGUACUCCGAUGUGAACCGCGCCGAGCUGCUCACCACGCUGGGGGAACGCUCCCUCAUUCGCCUCACCCGCGGCCAGGUGAGCAUCAAGAUAUGGAGCGUGGCGGCCCCCCACCUGGUCCUCGAGGGGGUGAUCACCCCCCGCGCCACCUGUAACGUGUUCUGCGCCGUCCUCAGCGAGCCGCCGCCAGACCCCUCCACCGCCCUCUCUGUGUCGCCGCCACCGUACGGCGCCGGCUGGGCGCUGGUGACGUUGUCCAAUAACGGCACCUUCCACUACCAGGUGUUCGUGCAGGGCCUGACGGUGGCCUCGCUCACCCUGGAGACGCGCCACCGCCGCCGCCACCGCGAGGUGAGUGACCUCACCGCCUCGUACCGCGACGGCUGGGCCAACGGCACCUACGAGCGCCCCACCUACCGCGACCUGGACGCCCUGCUGCGUGGCCUCGUGGAGGUGGUGGUGGCUGCGGGCGGCGGCACUGGGCGGCGCCUGCAGGGCACCCUGAGCCCUGUGGCAGUCACCGAGGCCCUCAGGUCGCGCCAGCCCGUGCUGCUCGUCCCGCUGGUGCCCAUGGCUGCCGCCGUGUGGGUGGCCGUGGACUCUGCCUGCGUCACGCACUACGACGUGAUGGUGGCGGGCAGGCCCCCGGGCGGCGCCGCGGAGCCCUCCUGGAGCCUCGUACUGCGCGAGGAAGACAAGUCUUAUGACCCGCGCUACGAGCUGCAGAGGGUGUCUCUGGAGGACGAGGUACAGGGGUGGGAGCUGUUCUCCCACACCCUGGUGUUGAUGCAGGUGUCCCUCUCCCGCCUCAGGGCAGAGGUGAGCUACCUGGACCUGCACCUGGUGCCCAACUCCACGCGCCUCACAGGCAAGGUGCGCGGCGUCAGCGUGCCCGCUGCCUGCCUGCUGGACCCCGCCCAGGCCUCGAAGUCACCCUGCCCCAACCUGGAUUGUGUCCUGGACGGAUCCAACCCGCAGCGCGCACCCACCAACAAGUGCCUUGACGAGGAAAAGAAAGUGUACAACAAUGGCGUCAUCUGGAAGUCGCCUCACCACAACUGCCGCAUGUGCAUGUGUAUCCAGGGCGACAUUAAGUGCCAGGAGAGGGUAUGCCCCACCCUAGACUGUGCUGAUGCCUACACGCCCCCAGGAGAGUGCUGCCCAGUGUGUCCAGGCAGCAUGAUAGAGGAGAAUGCCAUGUGUGAGCUGAACGAGCAGUGGCACCGCGUGGGGGCCGUCUGGCACCCCUUCCUGGCACCCUAUGGCUUUGACAAGUGUGUCUCCUGCAGCUGUGAGCUCAAUGCAUCAGGCCAGCCAACAGUGAAGUGUGCCAGGGAGCCGUGCCCAGACCUUCCCUGUAGCCCUGAUGAGAUGGAGCACGUGGCAGGGUCCUGCUGUGCCCAGUGCCGCCCCUCCCCGCCCAUGGCCACCCGAGAGCCCCUCCCGCCAGGAGUCAUAAAUGAGGAUCCGAUGCGCCCUGAGGAUCGCAAAACCAUUAUUCUGAACAACGGAGGAUGUCAUUGGGAUGAUAAGCUGUACGAGAAUGGGGAACUGUUCCACCCUCGGAUCAACACUAUUGGGUAUUACAAGUGUGUCAUCUGUAACUGCAAGGACAAGAACAUCACCUGCGUCAAUGUGAAGUGUCCAACCAUUCAGUGCCAGGAGAUCAUGCUGGACCGACAGGAGUGCUGCCCUCACUGCGUCAAUGAGAACAGCACCCUGAGGCCGUCCUGGGGGAAAAGCGACAAGAGCCACUCCAAGCCCAAGCGUUACCCAAGGAAUGGCUAGUGAAGGAGGCCCAGUGUGUAGGAGUCUGAGGUCUGAGGUAAGCCUGACGUGAGGGGAAGAGGAUGCCCAGAGUAGAUGUUCCUUGGCUUGUCAGGGGCAGAGAUGCUUGGAAAGGUGUGCGUUGAUGCUGCCAGAGACUGUGGAAGAGAAAGAUAUGUGGGGUAAAAAUGUGAUUGCUUUAUACCUGUGGCAAACUUGAUGUGUUUAGAGGAGGUCCUGAGUAGCAGAUGUUGUUUGUCAGGGAAAGGUGUGUGUGUGUGUGUGUGUGUGUGUGUGUGUGUGUGUGUGUGUGUGUGUGUGUGUGUGUGUGUGUGUGUGUGUGUUUGUGCGUGUGUGUGUGUUGAUCUGCCAGAGAGUGAGAGAUGUAACAAGUUGGUAAUAUGAUUGCUGUAGCAACUGUGGUAAAUAUGAUGUGUUCAGAAAAGGCACUGAGUAGCAGAUUUUUGUCAUUGGCAGGGAUGCUUGGGAACUUAGUGUGUGUUGAUGCUGCCAGAGAGAGGGAGAGUGAGAGGAGGUGAGAGAGAGAUAUGAGGGCUGAAAAAUUAUGUUGCUUUAAUAUCUGUGGCAAAUUUCACAUGUUUGUGUGGCCACACUGUAAUGACACAACUGCCCAAGAGACAGAAACAUUGUAUUAGUGAAGCACAGCAGUGAGGGGACAGAUGUGCCAGCCAGACAACACUCCUGCCACUCCUGCACCGGAUGAGUGAUUGGCGUCAAGUGCAGAUAUUUUGAUACUGUGUCCUUUCAGUGUAAUGUUGAUCAAGAAUUGACUUACUGGAGGUCACAAGGAGCAAUACCUAUGCAGUGUACUGUUGUCCUCCCCACUCACCCAUAAAUGCUUUGUAGUGACGUCAUCACAUGCAGAGGCAGUGGUGAACAGUAGACAGUGAACGUGGUGAAGGAGAAGUGGUGAGAUAAGUGUUGAAAAUCAUAUUCCUGCAAGACUAGCCUGACAGAAACACAUUCAUGUAUAGACACUGACUUGUGAGUGUUGCGUUAGAGUAAGGACCAGAGCAGGAACUGGCGUCUGGAAAACAUUGUGACUGAAAGAGCAAAGUGACGUGAUUUUAAGUGAUAACUGACUCAUAUGUUGUGUUAUGGAUUCUGAAAGUAUUGGAAAGAAAUAGAGUGCAACAGAAGCCAUGUGGAGUGAUAUAGUGGAAGGAAUGCAAGUGGAAUGUGUGGGUACAGUACAUAGACAACUGGAAUGUGGAGAAAAGCAAGGAAACAAGAGGCCAUGUUUUUUUAAUAUGAUCAGCAAAAGUUUGGAGUGUAAAGUGAAUCAUGGAAAACACGAAUAAGACGCAGGCAAGUUUUUUUUCCAAUGAGAGUUGCUUUGGUGGACAAAACUUUGGAAUGUGGAGAAAAUUGCAAUAAAAACAAAUUGCCAAGUUUUCUUAAUGUGACUGAUAUGUUAAGAAAUAAUGAGAGAACCAAGACAAUAAGAUACAAGCGAGUUUAAAGAGAGUCGCUGUGAUGGACAAAACUUUGGAAUGUGGAAAAGGACUCCAUAAAACAAGGCAUAGGCAAUGUAAUGGAUAAGACAAUGGAGUACAGAUGAGAUUAUGAGAAAACAAGACACAGGCGAGUUUUUCCAGUGUGGUGAGAAGAGUUGCUUUAAAGGACAAGAUGGUGAUAUUGAAGGGUCACAAUUUGAGGGGAUGAGAGUGUGGAAGGAAGACAACAGGCUGAGGUGAUGGUGAGGGAAGUACCGCCCUGUUCUGGUGAGCCAUUUGACAGUGGAAAUUGAGGAAACUGAACUUUACGAACGAUGGAAGAUGUGUAAUUUGUCAGAAAGGAAGCAAAGAUCUUGAGAGAAAUGUAAAUGCAUAGAAAUUGAAAGAAAAUGUGGAAAGUGUGAUUGUACAUGUAAUAAGAAUAGAAACUGAAGUAUAUAUGGUGAUAUAAAGAAUGUACAAGCCUAGAA